AUGGUCGAUAUUCUUGGCCAAUCUUUAAACUCUGAUGAGGGUGGUGACCCUUCUUGUAUGGGUUGUGGUUACCUUAUAGAAGAAGGUAACGUUGUAGCUUUUGGUACAGGUAUAUGGCAUGUUCAUUGUUUUAGAUGUGCAAAAUGUCAUAAUUUGGUUGAACACGAUUCAAAUCUGUUGUUAUUAUCUGACGGAAAUCCAAUAUGUGAAAGAUGUUCAUAUAGUUGUAAUGUUUGCAAGAAACCUAUUUUAGAUGAAGCGAUCAUGACAGGUUAG